ACGGUCCCUGUAAACAGGGGCAUUGACGACCAGGUGUGCGCGCGCGCUCCCGCGGCCGCGGCGCACGCGCUCCCUCGCGGCGCUUAAAUAGUCGGUGGCGACACCGGCGACAUCGGAGGAGUUCUGACCGACCCGCAGCCGCCGCCUCCGCCGCCGCGUCCGAAACAACGAAGACCUCCGCUGUUUCCUCUGUUCGCCUUCUUCUUCAACACCCGGAAGUACGAAUGUCCCAGUGCGCGACGUGAACAUGGGUUAGUUGAACGUGAGCUCCCACCGGCUCCACGCACCUGAGUGACCGCGACAGGCGCGUUCCACCGGACGAGGAGAGAGGGAGGGACGUCCCGCCGGGGACUGUGGGCUCGUGGCACCGGGUUGACGUCUGUGUCGCCGAUGGAAAGCUCGUCGGUGUUUUGCGUCCGUCUGUCGCUGAAGCAGAGAUACGUCCUGCUGCUCUGCGUCGCUGUCGGAGCCGUGGUCGCUUAUCAGUUCACAAGUAUGUUGCCGAGCUGGAAUCGCCAAGAACCGAUGAGAAUGAGCCGCCUGGAGGGUCUCCGAGCCAACUCGUCGCAGUUCACUCUGGAGAGGAAACCCUUCCGCGUCCUGGGAGGCUCCAUCCACUACUUCCGAGUCCCCAGAGCCCACUGGGAGGACCGGCUGCUGAAGAUGAAGGCCUGUGGCCUCAACACUCUCACAACAUACGUGCCAUGGAACUUGCAUGAGCCUGAGCGAGGGGUGUUCAACUUCGAAGAUCAGCUGGAUAUAGAAGCCUACCUCCGCCUCGCAGCCAGCCUGGGCCUCUGGGUGAUUCUGCGUCCGGGGCCCUACAUCUGUGCUGAGUGGGAUUUAGGGGGACUACCCAGUUGGUUGCUACGCGAUGAAAACAUGAAACUGAGAACGACGUACCCGGGAUUCACCGGCGCGGUCGACGCCUUCUUCGAUCAACUCGUCGGGAGAGUCGUUCCACACCAGUACUCCCAAGGUGGUCCGAUCAUCGCCGUUCAAGUGGAGAAUGAAUACGGCUCCUAUGCCGAGGAUACAGAAUACAUGCCGUUCGUCAAAGAAGCGUUGUUGUCAAGGGGCAUCGCAGAGCUGCUGCUGACCUCCGACAACAAGGACGGACUCAAGCUUGGAGGAGUGAAAGGAGCAAUAGAAACCAUCAAUUUUCAGAGACUGAACCCGAACGACAUCAAGUAUCUGGAUGAAAUACAACCUCAGAAGCCCAGGAUGGUGAUGGAGUACUGGUCCGGCUGGUUCGAUCUGUGGGGAAACCUUCAUCACGUGUAUUCAGCCGAGGACAUGAUACCUGUGGUCACAGAUAUACUUAAGCUGGACAUGUCCAUCAACCUUUACAUGUUCCACGGAGGGACAAACUUUGGCUUCAUGAACGGGGCAUUUGCCGUCGGAAUACCGGCGCCCAAACCGAUGGUGACGAGCUACGAUUACGACGCUCCAUUAUCCGAGGCUGGGGAUUACACCUCCAAGUACCAUCUUCUGAGGAAUUUAUUCAGCCACUACCACACCCAGGCGCUCCCUGAACCGCCUCCUCUCCGGGAGAGGAGAGCGUACCUGCCUGUUGUCAUCCAGCAGCACCUGUCUCUGUGGGACAGUCUGCAAUUCACCGACAAGCCAUUUAAGUCGGAGAGGCCGGUGAACAUGGAGAACCUCCCCGUCAACAACAGGAACGGACAGUCGUACGGCUACACGCUGUAUGAGACCACCAUCACGAGUGGAGGAGUCCUCAACUCGAAGAACAACAUCAGAGACAGAGCACUGGUUUUUGUGGACAGACAUUUUGUUGGCGUUCUGGAUUACAAGACACAAGAGCUGGCCCUCCCCGACGGGAAGGGAAGAAGAACUCUGAGUUUACUGGCGGAGAACUGCGGAAGAGUGAAUUAUGGGAAAAGCCUGGACGUGCAGCGCAAAGGUCUGGUCGGAGAUGUUGAAUUAAACAAGCAGCCCCUCCGAGACUUCAUUAUUCAUAGUCUGGAUAUGAAGCCAGGCUUCGUGAACAGACUGGAGAGUACAGGCCACUGGCUGUCUAUGCGUGAGCAGCCUUCCCUCCCAGGGUUCUUCCAGGGCAAACUCUACGUGAACAGCUCCCCGAAAGACACCUUCAUCAAACUCCCUGGAUGGAUUAAAGGUGUAAUCUUCAUCAACGGCAAGAAUCUUGGACGAUACUGGUCCAUCGGUCCGCAGCAGACUCUCUACGUCCCAGGCCCCUGGCUUCACAGGGGGGACAACCAGGUGAUUGUCUUUGAAGAGCAGGAGACAGAUGGUAAGAUCCAGUUCGCCAGCAGCCCUGACUACGGCAUGACCGUCGAUGUCUAGUAAGGACAGGAGGUCGUAGAAGAGGGGGGACAGGGAACGGAGGAUGAUGGGAGAGUCGCCGCAGAGGUCGGGACCAAGGCGGCAGACGUGAGUUUGGUCCACAUGGGCACUGACACCCAGCCGACACCAGCAGCACUGAGAAAGUGACACGUCGGUGAACAGGACAUUUGGUGUGUUUACCAGACGACGUCGCCGCAGCCGCAGCCGCAGUAACCGACGUCCUCACAUCCAUUUCUCAUUUCGUGGCUGUAUUCGUGACAUUCUGUCAAAUCCCCUUUAUUCAAUUUAGCAACAGUAUCAUUAACGUGCACUCAUACGCUGCAUAAUUGGAGACCAAGGGACUGUGACGGGGAAUGAUCUUGAUCGUAAUAAAGUGUUAGAAGCUUGCCUGCUCUUAGACUUAAUUUAUACAUUACAUCCAGGCUGUAAUAAAGGAAUGUGUGAAUAAAGACUGGUUGGAUCACUG